ACGAUUUACUUGCAUCUGAUUAUUUUAUGCACACUGACAUCCGAAGGUAGUACAGUGACGUCAUAACUGCGUGCCAUAAAGAACGGGUCAUGUUUAUGCUCUGUUACCACUGGCCUUGAAUCACAUUUUCUGCUGGAUGUUUGUGCUCGUGUUUAUUAGUAAAUAUUCAGUAAAAGAAACAGUUCGCCAAAGGUGGUCGUGAAUUGUACAAGGUACUCUUAACUGACACAGUUUAUACAGUGGAGAGCGACAUACAACCUAAUUUAUUAUGCUUAGUAGCUAUAAGCCUGCAGUUUUCCUCAGCUUCCGUCCAGUACAUUUUCACUACAUAGACCUACCACUCCUGUUGUGCCACAGAUCAGAAAACACGCUACGAAACUAACACCAUCAAUGUCGAAGGAUUUUUAACGGAAAGAUAACUCACUUGAAAAUUAUAUGGCACUAUAUGGGACUCGAGGAAAGUUGCAAGAGUCGAUUCUCAACUUAGGCUAUCAUGUGACCCAUCAGUGUGCAACGUUGGAAUCAUACUUCGUGACUCAGAUACUGUUAAAGAUCUGAUCGAUAUGGCAACAGCUAAUGUGGAUUUGUGUGAGAAGAUCUCCCAGGAUCAUGUUAAGGUAAACAGGCCCCCUAAGCGGCGUAAUGAAGACAGUCAGUUUCUUCAAGGGGACGGCCACUCUGACUACAUGGAUGGAAGGUCUAGUUCAAGUUCCUUCUGGAGCUCCCGGCCACGUUACGAUAGUAGCGUCCCGAGUAUUCUUGUCUCUGGCAUCGAGGCUGAGAGUGAUCCUGGGGCUGCGGACGAUGUACCCGGAGCGGAUGAGCCGGAAGUAGAUCAAGCCGGAGGUAACGGCGGGAGUGAUGACGACGUGAACACCGGAAUUCACCAUCCACACCUGGCUGCUGAUCUUCUUGCUGUGCUCAGUGCCAUGCGGGAUGCUGGAGACAUGACGGAUGUUAGACUCAGGGCGGGCCACAAGAUCUCCGGACCAGCCUUACCGUGCCACCUGGCCGUGGUCUGCGCGGGGAGUCCCCUCAUGGAGAAGAGUCUGCUGGAAAACUACGGAGACGCACUCGCAAGCAUGGGGAGGAAUCGGACCCUCAAUGUGCCAAAAAUGAAGCCAGAGAUCCUGCAGCUCAUCAUAGACUUCACCUACACGUCCAAAAUGCAGAUUACCAAUCAGAACGCCCAGGAGUUGUUGCAACUCUGUUUCAACAAGACACCCUUCCUGGGCAAGUCGGUAGAGUUCGCCUGCAGCGAAUUUCUUGUGGGUCAGUUUUCAAUUGAGACAGAGAGUGAGACGUCGUCGACCAGUGCCAUCACGUCCUCCGGUCUAUCCACAGAGGAUGAGACCCAGUCUUGUCAGUCGUCCACUUUUUCGGCCGGCCAGGAGACCUGCUUUCACGAUUACAAUUACCCACUCGCAAUCCUGCACAAUCUGAAUGAACAAAGGCACAAGAAGGUCGAAUUUACAGAUCUGGUUUUGAACGUAGAGGGGAAGGACUUCCCUUGUCACCGAGCUGUUUUGGUUGCGCUCAGUCCAUACUUCCGUGCCAUGUUUACCUCAGGCAUGCGUGAAUUUCGCGAGAAAAAGGUGACCCUGAGCGACAUAAAGGCAAGCAUAUUUUCUUGCCUUCUGGAUUUCCUCUACACUUGUAAACUCCGGAUUAACGAGGACACAGCCCAAGUGAUGCUGGAGACGGCUUGCUUCCUCCAGCUCACGCCAGCGGUGAGCGCGUGCAGUCAGUUCCUCAAGGAGAACAUGGUGACGGAGAACUGCCUUGGUAUCUUGGGCUUUGCCAAACUCUACACCUGCUCACAGCUGUACGAAGACGCCAUGGUCCACGCCCUGGCAAACUUCAAGGAGGUUGUGUCCUGUGAGGAGUUUCUGGAGUUGCCAGCAGAUAUUUUGGCGGCGUACAUCGUAGACGACAGGCUGAACGUCAAGACAGAGGAGACCGUCUUCGAGGCGGUGGUGAGAUGGGCAAGAGCGGAUCCCGAGUUGAGACGCUUCCAACUACCGCGCGUCUUGGCAAACGUCCGUCUGCCUCUUGUUGACCCGGAUUAUUUCAGAAAUUUCGUGGAAACAGAGCCACUGGUUCUUGAGUGCCAAGAUUGUCAAGAGCUCGUCCGCACCGCCAAGAGGCUGAGGGAACUUUCGGGCAGAGGGCAGCACAUCGACGAUCCCAACUUGAAACUGCGCUUUUCCAUGACGACCCAGGUCAUUGUUAUUGUGGGUGGUUACGACGACAGCCAGCGAUGGGUCCGCGAUGUCUGGUGCUUCAACCCACGUGAUGAGUCUUGGCACAGCCUCGCCCCGUUCCCAGGGCGUAAUCAGCGCUUCGCCACCGUAGCCGUGGAAAACGACAUAUACGUGAUCGGCGGCCAGGCUGACCACGGCAACAGCAUGUCAGAGACGCUAGCCGACGUCUGGCGUUACGACUCUAUCACCGACACCUGGAGCAAAGUUGCCGGCAUGAACCAGCCUCGGCACGGCCACGGUGUGGCCGUAGUGGACGGUAAGAUCUAUGUGGUCGGCGGGAAGAUGGGCUGGGCUAAGAAGUUCAACGACAUUGAGCGGUACGAUCCGGCAUCUAAUAUCUGGGCCUGUGUGACACGUGUCAAAGGGAGCUACCUAGAGAAGCCAGUGGCUACAUCCCACGGGGGGAAGCUCUACGUAAAUGGGUACUUCUACCGUGAUCCAGACAUUGUACAUUGCUAUGACCCACACGACAACUCCUGGACGCCCAUGUACAGCUUCCAACGUGCCCAAGGUGACGCCAUAGAGACUGCCGUGGUGCUGGACGAUUACAUCUACUUCCUGGUGUACCGUGGGUAUGAUAACUACAUCGUCAUUUUCAACCCAGCCACGUGCGAGCGAGUGAAGGGAGGCUGCAAGAUGCCAGACGGGAAAUACUUAUACUCCUACGGGGCAACAGUGAUGGGCGACAAGAUUUUCGUGGCCGGGGGGAGUAAGCUCGAUGCAAGUAUCAACGUAGCCUAUGUACAGUGCUACGAUCCGGCACUCGAUGUGUGGGGCGUGGUUGGGACAAUGCCACACCCACUGUGUGAACAUGGAUGUGUGACUAUCGAGAAAUACAUGCCUCAAUCAAAUCCUUGAACAACAAAUGAUGUCCUGAAGCACAUAAAUCCUCACGAAUGACAGUAACUGUCGAGAUGAAUCAAAUGGACUUAUAAACGUACUACUUUUGAUGGAAAAACUCACAGAAAUGUAGAGCAACUACAUGUUCGUCACUGAGGAAAUAAAAAGCAUUUCUCAAAGAGCUUUAGAGAAAAGUGUGGGCAAGCCGCUGCAAACUUAAACGCAAUGCAUAUUUUUUCUUCUUUUUCUUCAUAUUUAUUUCUGGUAAUGACACCACGGAUUCCUCAAAAGCUCCCCAGGCAUUGUAGCUCGCAAGCCUGAAGAAACCUGUAGAGAGGAGACAAUGAGAAGCAGUUACAGUUUUAGAGGUGGGAGGAAAACCCCAGAGGAAUAUUCUGGGCAAAACCCACGGAGUCAGGUAGGGUACAAUUAUUUUAUGUGCGUGAUUCAAAGCUCCUAUUUGUCAUUAUUUUAAUGACAAAUGAUUUACAUUCUUGGUCCUCACGGCUUGAAGUAACAAUGAAAUUUUUAAAAAGUUUUUACAAUGCACUGUUUACCUCGAUGUCUUGCGCUUUUGCCCAGAACACAUACUACAGGCCCUUGCGCUGCAACAGGUAAAAAUGACGUUGAUAUAUAUGCUUGGUGGCGGUAAUCAAUUAUUGUUACUCGUAUGACUGACGCACGCUUGACCUGUUAUCACCAGCACUACGGUGUUGUUAAGUAUUAUAUAGGUGGUUUCGGCUUGAACCCAACCGGUCAAAUUAAUUGGUUACGCUUACUAUCGAAAAAAAAUGUAAGUGAAUUGAAAAAGUGGUAAGUCUCACAAACGUCAACCAGACUGAAUGGUUAAACCAUACUUUUCAAUAUCUCACACCUGAUUAGUUCCCACCAGUUAUCAUAAUUAUCACACUGCUGAUGCAAGGGUAAAAGGUGUUAUCAGUACCAAGCAGAUAUGAUGAUUCCCAUUAAAUUUAUAUAUUUUAAAGGUUCUUUGUAUAAUGAAAAAAAAAUCUGGCAAUAAAAGCGCAGUGCAUGAACUUUUCUUUCUCUGCGAGUGGUCUGACUUAUAUCAGUUUACAUUAUGAAAAUGACUGUGCGUGCUAGCCAUGCCUUUACCGUUUGUGCCACGA